UCGCUUGAUUGUCAUUUUAUAGAGCGUCCCAGUCAAUACAUAGAUUGUGAAUGUGAGUAUGAAUAUUAAACAAAAAUAGAAUACCAAGCCGAAAAAACUCGAGGUAGACUAGAUUCUACAAAGGAAUUUUCUUGAGGAAUGGCGAGUCCGGAGAAGAUUUCGUCACAACAAAAGCUCAAGAUGAAAAUGGUUUCUAUUGAUACUUGGUCUGUUCGUGAGCAACUGUGUUUGGCCUCUUCCGUACUUCGCAGCGGUGAUCAAAACUGGGUUUCUGUGAGCCGAUCCUUAAAACUAUUUGCUGAACCAAAUCGUCCACAAGAUUGGUUGUCACCCAGAAACUGUGCCUUGCAAUAUAAUAGCCUGCUGGAGAAAACAGGUGCCCAUAAAAGAAAAAGAGGGGAGAGGCAUCCAAGUUCAGGGUCAACAGAUUCAUUACAAGGAGAAACAGCUGGAGAGAUCAUUCUUAGACAACUAACUCAGGAGCGCAUAGAAGAGCUACAGCAACUGUUGGAGUCGUCACGCCGAGAGUAUCAAAAACUAAAGAAAGAGUUGGAUUUAGUUCAAGAUGGAAAACUCGACGACCGGCUACCAGAAAUUAGUAAACAAAUCGAUGAGGAAAACGAAAACAAACUAAACGAGCAAAAAUCUCACCUAAAAUGGCUGCAAGAACGCGAGUCAAAGCAACAAGAGUUAAAACAAGCGCAGCAAUUAAUGUUACGUUCACCUACGAAAACUAGCAUCAAUUCCGAAGCGGUGGAUGGAGAAAUGACGACUGGUAGUCCGUCAGUAACAGACCAGCUCAAUAUCGACAUUUCGACAGAGGAGGUGCGGGAGACGACCACCGCUUCUCCUAGUGAAGCUAAGCAGGGUGGUACUGGAGGUAGCAUCACCCCAGUUGUUCCAGCCGCUACCCCAUCUUCGCCUUUGCUCACUAGUCUUUUGAGGAGUCCCACUGCCACGGCCAGUGUCCCACCAAAUGCCACCAAAGGAUUUACGACUCCACCUUCAAAGCCGUUUACACUAACCUCUCCAAGUGGCCUGUCGCCUGGACUGAAGAAUUUGGUAUCUACUGCCAUUGGAGAAGACACCUCAUCUAUCAAAGUCGCCUCAACCUCUCCAGGAACACGAGUAGCAGCUCCGACAUUAACUCACCUAUUAGAAUUACCACUCAACUCACCGGGAAAACCUUUGCCCGAUUUGACAGUAAGCGAGGAAACCGAGGUGUCUACUGUUUCUGUCCCGAAUAAAAAUGAAGUGCAAACAAAAAAUCAAGAUAUUGAAGCCGAAAAAAUGGAAGAAACUUUAGUGCCUGAAAACGAGGAACAAGCUGUGCUCGAAGAAACUGUCGACGUUAAUGAUGUUACAAUAGUCCGAACAGAGAAGGAAAGCUGUGCCAAGCAGAUAGAAGAGUCAAAACCAUCAGCCGAAAAGGAAACUCCAGCCCAUGACCUGUUGGCAGAAACUGUUGAAUCUGCCAUAAAGAAAGAAGCUGAAUACUUGUCGAAAGCGGAGGAUGACAUUGAACUAGCUGCUAAAGACGAGCAGCCAGAAGUUACAGUUGCGUUCGACAGUGAAAUUGAAGUGAGCCACACUGAAGAUGUUGAGAAAACUGUUGAAGAGAUGGCCGUAGACGUAACACCCACCGUUGGAGACGUGAAGUCAGAACCUGUCGAAGAAGAGGAAGUGACAAAUGAGGAAGAAGAAAAGAUAGUUGAAGAAGUACAUGAAGAGUCGGCUGACGAAAAAGUUGAAGAAAAACAACAAAAGACAGUAGAAGCAGAUUCCACUUCUAAAUCAGAGACAGAAACGCCAAAAACAACUCGACGUGCUCAACGUGGCAGUCGGAAGAAGGAGAUUGUCAGUGAAGCAGAAGGGACACCCAGCGAUGAAAAAACUAAACCCUCUGAACUGGGUCCGACGACGAGGCGUAGUUCUGGUCGUAAAGGACUACAGUCUGACGAGCAAGAUACAGAAGUUGCAGAGGAACCAUCCGAAACUGUUGUACCUACUGGCGUUGGGAAGAAGAAGACUUCCUUGCCUCCACCUCUGUACGUCCCGUCUACAUCCCCGGCCCCGUCCAGUGGUAUUGAUUCCACUCCUAAUAGCCCGACUUCGUCAGUCAGUACCGUAGCGGAGGAUGAUCGAGAUUACAGAACCUGGAAAAAGUCCAUACUGUUGGUAUGGCGAGACAUAUCUAGCCACAAAAAUGCAUCUCUUUUUGCCAAACCAAUUACAGAAGAGAGUGUCCCAGGAUAUCGAAGUUUGGUCAUGCGGCCGAUGGAUUUGAGUACGAUUAAAAAGAACAUCGAAAGCGGAGCUAUUCGAAGCACUGUGGAAUUCCAACGAGACAUAUCUCUCAUGUUCUUCAAUUCAAUCAUAUACAACCCCACUUAUCAUGAAGUUAAUCGUCUAGCAAAGGAAAUGUAUACGGAAAGCACUACCAUUAUUCAGGAAUUUGUUAAUGCCCAGUUGUUAGCAGCCCAUAACGUAGAAUCAACGCGUCCAAUUCGACGUGAAACACGAGAUCUUGCCCGUCGAACUGAAUCGUUGAGCUCACACGAAGAAACACCUGUGAAGCUGGAAGAGGGCAAAACACGGGCGGCCAAAAGAGCGUCUGCUGCUGCGCAAAUUGACGAUAGCACGACCAUCAAAACAAAGAGACGAUCGCGUUUGCACAAUGACUGAAAACCGCCACGAUGUACGCUGAAGUGUUCAUAAAAACGUAUUUCUCUUCCAUUAUCAUUUUCUCAUUCUGACACAAAUAAAGAUCAUCAUCUUUUUAAA